AAGCCUGGCAAGUCAAAAAUGUGGUUUGGGCUUUUAACAAUUGCUGCUCUGAUGUGCUCAGCAUUUGCUCGAUAUACUCAAGAUCCAUGGCAGUGGAGAAUCGAACGUCUUUCCAAUGGCCGUAUUAGAUAUUGGGCCCACGAUCCGAGACCAAGGGCACCUUGUGGAAAACUCCUGUACCGAUAAUGAUAUCCUUCAAGCCGUUCAAAUUUUCCUGCAUCGAUGGAAUCGAUCAAGCUCUUCACUUAUGAUGACACCGUCAUUAACAAAGCUUUGUGUUUAACAAGUCCAUGAACAUGAUA